CUCCCCUCCCGCUGCAGGGUUGGGAGCUCUCCCUUUCUGCGGCCAGCUCGCCUUGACAGCCGACACUGGCGCAGAGUCUGGGCUCAAACCUUUACCAUAUUUUUUCUGGCGUAUAGCGACAAUUCAUACACAUACUUUCCACUCAUCCUCUUCCGGACACAAGCGUUGGAGCGGCCUCGUCUAGAAUGGGGAACCGAGACGAUGAAUACGAUUUCUUGUUCAAAGUUGUAUUAAUUGGAGACUCGGGUGUAGGGAAGAGUAACCUGCUCUCUCGAUUUACACGAAAUGAGUUUAAUCUCGAAAGCAAAAGCACCAUCGGGGUGGAGUUUGCCACACGCAGCAUUCAGGUGGAUGGCAAGACGAUAAAGGCUCAGAUUUGGGAUACAGCGGGACAGGAGCGCUACAGAGCCAUCACUUCAGCAUACUACAGAGGAGCGGUGGGGGCAUUGUUAGUGUAUGACAUAGCCAAACACCUGACCUAUGAGAAUGUGGAGCGCUGGUUGAAGGAGCUGAGAGAUCAUGCUGACAACAACAUUGUCAUCAUGCUGGUUGGCAACAAAAGUGACCUGCGCCACCUCAGAGCUGUGCCCACAGAUGAAGCCCGGGCAUUUGCAGAGAAGAACAAUCUGUCAUUCAUAGAAACCUCAGCCUUGGACUCAACAAAUGUUGAAGAAGCCUUCAAGAAUAUCCUCACAGAAAUAUACCGCAUCGUAUCGCAGAAACAGAUUGCAGAGCGAUCUGCCCAUGACGAGUCCCCAGGAAAUAACGUGGUGGACAUCAGCGUUCCACCGACUACGGACGGCCAGAGGGGGAGCAAACUGCAGUGCUGUCAGAACCUGUAACCCAUGGCAACUAUCCCUCCUCACCUGGGUCAAUUAUUAAUUGAAAUCCACAGUGUUAAUGUGCUUCCAUCUGCCCCGGGUGUAAUGUUGUCUGAAUCUGCACUUUUUAGAUGAGUGGAAUCAGUUCCAUUUUGCCACAACGAUCAACCCCAUAGAGAAGAGUUUGAUUUCAAAUUGUAACCUGACCCAGGUACAGUCAGCUACAUUCUGGUGACAAAAACAGGACUGAUGGUACAACACAAGCCGCCACCACAGUUAGAUAGCCAUGCUAGUGUAGCAGAAUAGCCUUGUUUGCCCAGACAUAUCUUUGGAUAGAUGGUUAUUGCCACAAACUGGAAGCCCGGUUUUAAACCUGCCUGUUUCAUUCGUAUCAACAGUCCUGUUUUUGGGCUUCUGUCCUCUUCUUUCAGUCAUCUCAAAAGUGGUCGUGACGCUGCUGAUGCUUAUUUCAUUUUGUGUAAAAUAUAUUCUUUUUUUUUUUUGUUUGAGCUUGUCUGCUCACAUACAUUAUAUUAAUGCCAUGAAAUUAAAUUUUACAAUAUU